AAACCAAGAAAGAGAAAGCAAAAUAAAGAGAGAUUGUAUUUAAAAAAAAAAAAAAAAAAACAGAGUAUUUCUUUAUUUAGUUUUUUAUAAUUUAUUUAAAUUAUUUUCUGUUAGCUUUUUCUUUUUGCUUUGAUUUAACUUUCUCUCACGCUAUGUAAGAAAUGCAACAACAUAAUCAUUUUCAUUUCCUGCUACUAAGAGCUUCAAGCUUUACACAAUAAUGGCUUUCUUCUUCUCCUUCUUCUUCCUUUUUUUGUCUUCUUUCUUACAAUUUUCUCUCUCUUAUGAGCCUCGUAAUCUUGAAGUGGAAGCAUUAAUUGGUAUCAAAAAUCAAUUAAAUGACCCUCAUGGAGUUUUGAAUAAUUGGGAUGAAUUUUCUGCUGAUCCUUGUAGUUGGGCUAUGAUCACUUGUUCUUCUGAUAAUUCUGUCAUUGGCCUGGGAGCUCCAAGCCAAUCUCUCUCAGGAACAUUAUCUGGGGCAAUUGGAAACCUCACUAACCUCAGACAAGUAUUACUUCAAAAUAACAACAUUUCCGGCAAAAUUCCACCGGAAAUUGGCUCAUUAUCAAAACUUCAAACCUUGGAUCUUUCUAACAAUGGAUUCUCUGGACAUGUCCCUAGUACUUUGGGUCAAUCCAAAAGCCUCCAAUAUUUGAGGCUGAACAAUAAUACGUUGAGUGGUGCCUUUCCGGCAUUUCUUGCCAAUUUGUCUCAGCUUACUUUCUUGGAUUUGUCCUUUAAUAAUCUAAGUGGACCUGUACCAAAAUUUCCUACUAGAACAUUCAAUAUUGUGGGAAACCCUUUGAUUUGUGGAAGUAAAGCUACUACUGAUGGUUGUUCGAGUUUGGUUGUCCCGGUACCUCUAUCAUUAUCCGUUGGUUCGUCUCCUGGAAAGAGAAAGUCUAAGAAAGUGGCAAUAGCACUUGGAGUGACAUUUAGCAUUGUCUUGUUCUUUAUCUUAUUGGUUGGGGUCAUUUACUGGAGAAGGCAAAAGAGACGCCGUCGAUUUAUGAUGAAGAUCAAUGCAGAUACACAAGAAAUUGUUUCAAUAAAAUUGGGUAAUUUGAGGACAUUCUCCUUCAAAGAACUUCACAAUGCAACAGACAGUUUUAGUUCAAAGAAUAUUCUUGGCAGUGGAGGGUUUGGAAAUGUUUACAAGGGCAAAUUGCCCGAUGGCUCUAUGGUGGCCGUGAAGCGCUUAAAGGAUAUCAGUGGAACAUCCGGAGAAUCACAGUUUCAGACUGAAUUGGAGCUGAUCAGCCUUGCUGUUCACCGAAAUUUGCUUCGUUUGAUCGGCUUUUGUGCUACUUCUCAUGAGCGCCUUCUAGUGUAUCCUUACAUGUCCAACGGAAGUGUGGCUUCAAGGCUAAAAGGAAAACCACCAUUAGACUGGAACACGAGGAAAAGGAUAGCCAUAGGAGCAGCUAGAGGGCUUCUCUAUUUGCAUGAGCAGUGUGACCCCAAGAUCAUCCACCGAGAUGUUAAGGCUGCAAAUGUCUUAUUGGACGAUUGCUAUGAGGCUAUUGUCGGCGAUUUUGGCCUUGCAAAGCUUCUUGACCAUGGUGAUUCUCAUGUUACUACCGCUGUUCGUGGAACUGUUGGGCACAUAGCUCCUGAGUAUCUCUCCACUGGCCAGUCAUCUGAAAAGACUGAUGUUUUUGGCUUUGGCAUACUUUUGCUAGAGCUAAUUACUGGGAUGAGAGCACUCGAAUUUGGCAAGACUGUUAAUCAGAAAGGUGCAAUGCUCGAUUGGGUUAAGAAAAUUCUGCAGGAGAAAAAAGUGGAAAUGCUAGUUGAUAGGGAACUAGGGACCAACUAUGACAGGAUAGAAGUAGGAGAGAUUCUUCAAGUUGCCUUGCUUUGCACCCAAUACUUGCCGGCCCACCGGCCCAAAAUGUCCGAGGUGGUACGAAUGCUCGAGGGAGAUGGACUCGCGGAGAAAUGGGCUGCUGCCCACGGUCAAGACAAUCUCAACAUGGGCUUCUCCCACCCGAACAACAAAACUUUGUCGCGUGCUGGGAGCAUGCCAACCGAUCCUCAUCACCCUCCACCUACAACCAUGUUUGGAGCAAGUUUUGAUGAUGAUGAUGAUGAUGAGCAUUCAUUGGAUUCUUUUGCCAUGGAACUCUCUGGCCCAAGAUAGCUUAAAACUAAUAAAUUAAUAAAAUAUAAAAUGAAACAAAAUCAUAGCUACAAAGAAAAAAGAUGUGUAGUAAUUUUUGUCCUACAUUAUUAAUUAAUUUGGAAAAGAGGUGUAAAAAGUUCACUCAUAUAGAGUUUAGGCAUGUUUUUUUUAAAUAUAAUUUCUGCAUUAAGUUUCUUGUUUGGGAUAACUUGUGAAUGUAAAUAUAAUUUGGGAAAAUAUAUGUAUAAGAUGCUAUUUUGGUUGUAGUAAGAAUGAGUAGAGAGAGGGUUGAUGUAACAUAAUGGUCAAAAAGCUGUUAAGAGUAGUACUAAGUUUUAGCCGUCUACUGGUUGUAGGUUGGUAGGUUGGUGUGAUGUAAUCUGGUGGCAGUACAAUUUGUGCAAAUACUGUCGUUUUCUUUGAUUCUUAUGCUCAAA